AACCCAUGGGCUGCUUGGCUCCAGAAGAUCUUAUACUGAGAGAACCUUUUGGUGAAUGAUGUAUGUUUCCAGUGCAGUAACAAUCUGUUGUUGCUGUGAUACCAAAAAACUCUCUUCCCUCUCCCCCAUCUCUUGCCCAAGACUUUAGCCAACCCCACAGCUCCCUAAACGAGGGAGCACUGUAAUGAAGAGAGGCUGCUUCUCUCACAGGUGAGUGCUGGGGAGGUUUUUUGUGCAUCCACACCCCUGGUUUGAUUGUUAGAACAGCCGUGGUCUCUGCUGCAUUGGUUUUGAACCUACAGGGCUUAGCUUUGUCCAUGUUGUUAUUACUCCUUCAGUAUACCCCUAGCUCAGAGGCUUCCUAGGCACUGCUCCAAGAUACCAGCUUUUUGGUUCCUUCCUUUUUUUUAAUUUUUCUUGCCAUCUUCUGUGAUAAGUCAUGGAGGGUGUUGUCUUAGCGUGGUUAUGCAUCCUUCCUUCUGUGUCGCAAGUACCCUGCAUGCCCUCCCCGAGGGAGCAGAGGAUCGGGCCGGCUCCACUCCCUUCCCUAUGAGCUGAGCCUGCCCCGCACUGUCUAACAAGGGCUGAUUGCAUCGUGCUCAUGUCUACAAGUGUGCACUGGGCAAAAGCAUCACUGGUAGUUUGUAGCAGAGUCUUCUGCAGCUUCAGCUUGCAGCUAUUUGCGCUUCAGAAACAACAUUGUGGUAACUGGCCCCAGGCUGCUUAAGGGAGGAGGGAAAACCUGCCUCUCUUUCUAGGGCCUUUGCAUCUCGGUUCUGUGCACUCCUCGUUUCUGUUAGCAUGGUUGGCCCCAGGACUGCUCCUCCCAGGAGGAGCUGUUCCUGUUACUGCAACACUACCUCGCUGCGCAGCUGGUAGGUGGUGGUUUGGUGCUACUCUGGGCUAGAAGCUGCCUCCGGUCACCAUCGGAGGCAGACUUCACGGGCAGAGAAGAGCUCGCUUUGAUAUGUGCUGUAAGGAUAUUAAAAUAAGGGCAACUGUUCCCUUUGAAGUAAGCCGUAACCAUUAAGCUUCUGGCCAAUGAGUUGUUGAUACUGUGAAUGUGGAGGGGUUUGAGGUGGGCUUUUUUUCUGUGGCUCCCAGGAGCAAACUGCAAAUGUCCCUGACCUAGCAAUAUCUAAUUUAGAAAAACUGUGUUUCCCCAGGAAUGCUAGGGCUGUUGGUAGUAUUGCAAGUCGUAUUUUGUCAGUUUUUGGGAGGCCUCUGCAGCUUUCAAACAAGCCGUCUCUAAAGGCCUUACUCACAGUAGCCCACCACGGCAGAUUCCUGAAUAGCCACGUGAAGCACAGGAAGGAGUUGUGAUUGCGUUGUUUAUGAUCAUGAGCGUGUUAAAGGCAUUUGAUGUUUAAGUGCUUGGCCAAGCAGCCUGCUUAAAAGAAGAGUUUGCAAUAUGCUGCUUAAGCCCUUUACUGCGGAGGAGUCUGCUUAGAUCGCCUGGUUACCUGAGCACACAGCAGGAGCGGUGGCUUUAGCCACCUUGCCAAGGUGAGGUUAGUCAUGCACUGAGCAGUGGAAUGAGGUAGUAAGAAGAUGCCAGCAGCACCACCCAUGUGGACAAAGGCUUUAGAUGGCUGUGGUCUGCUGUGCUUUGUGCAGUAUUCACAACAGUCAGGGACAUGAUAGUGGACUUAAGGUGUUGCAGUGACCAGAACGGUGUCCUUUUACUGGGGGACUUGAUGAGCAGAGGACAGGAGGGAGGUCAGAUCUCACAGAUUCUUGAGUGACAGCAUGGUUGGAAUACAGAAGUGGUCUUGGAUUAUAGCACAGAUCAUCCACUCUGAUGGACUAACAAUGUGUUCACUAGCCAAGCACUGAAGCAGGUAGACACAGAAAUCCCAGUCUAUAUGAGUCUGAGUCUAUAUAGGCUCAAAAAUGUGCAUCAUUGUACAAGCCAAGGAAUGCAGCACAAACACAGCAAGUGCUGCAUGUCCCAGUAGCUUCUACUGUAAUGGGAUGCUUCUGUCCCUUACUGUGUUCGCCUCUGUAGUGAGCCAUAGCCAGAGGAGAUAGUAAAGCAUAUGCAUUCAGUCCAGGGUUGACAGUAGACAAACAGCGGGUGUCUAUCCAAAUGGAGCACUUUGGGGGAAAAAACAAAUCACCCCAACCAACCAACCAAAACCCAAAAAACAAAACAAGCAAACAAAAACUUAAGGUAGAUGCAACUUAAAGCAAAUCAUCUGUUGAGAAACAAUGUUCACCUCAUGGAAGCUAAUUGCCGGACAGGUGUGAACGGGUUCUAUGGUUCCUAGAAAACAUGAAAGAAGGAUCUGGUGGCCUUUGGAGAGCAGAAGUUCUGUUAAUGGCCUUUGGGCUGAGUGGCACUUGGGGUAGGGGGGAAGCAUGAAAAAAGGCAACUUGCAGACAGCUGUGAUGUUCUUGUCUGGCAUACUGCUCUGUAUUUUGGAACAGUCAUAUGAAAGGAAACUGGGAAAAGAAGUUUGUGCUUUGCCAUUUGAGCAAAACUGCUGCUGAACUCUUUUACUGAAUUUUUUUUUCCUGUCUGCCCUGUAGGCAGAACAUGGUAAAAGCUGUGGGUCUUACAUGGCCGUGGCAUCUUUAUGGUGGCCUGUGGCAGUAGGCUGGGAAGGUGCAGGGGUAUAAUUUGUCUCUACAUGAGACUAGAUGUUUGCUCCUGCAGCAGGCAGCUCAGGCAUCUGGACAGCUCUGAGGCAGCAAGUAUUACUUACAUGAUACUCUGAAGGCUGCCUGCAUUUUAGGAGCUUUCUGUUUCUGCUCCUGUCCAGGAUUGUGGUAACCAUAAGUUAUGUGUCAUACCCAUUUAGACAGGUAACUGAGGCCUCGUGGGAGUUGGGAGAAGUCUUACUGGAUGGGGAAGGCCCAAAAGGAGGUGUUGGGAGAAGCAGCGUAUCUCAGUCUGUAGUACCAGUUUGGAAAUGUCUGUCUUCAUUCCUGCAUGGGCCCUGUCUUCCUGUCUUUUGGCCCUAAAGCUGAUGCUGGUGGACUGUUGUUCAGCCUGUGCUUUGCCUGCCUCUCUCCCGUUCUCUGCCACUAGACCUGUGCGUGUGACUGACUUGAUGGACCCUGAUGGUAACACUACCCCUGCAGUGUUGGAGCUGGGUAUGGAAAGAUCUGUGCCUUACACACUCCAGGAUUUGGGCAUGGAAGCACUGUGGGGCUUGUUUGCCUCUGCUUCCAGAGCUCCCCUUUGAGCACGGUGCAGCAGCAGCCCGUGGAGGAAGUACAGGACAGGGCAGCUCAGGGAUGCCUCGGGUGUCUGAGCACAGCUGGGAGAGGCCGUGGGUGGAAUCAGUCUCUCCUCACAUCCAGAUAGGGCUAGGAGAUGGCUUUAAGUCACUUAGGGAGCUCUUCUGUUUGCCUUUUUUAUAUAAAUGUUGCAAGAAGGUACUUUCAUAUUCAGCAAAUUACUUGGCUUUUAAAGUGUUAACUCUUUAACAGAAAUUCCUCCGUUUCUCCAUCACUCAUGAGUAAUUGCAGAUGCAGCUACUUGAACUCAAUCUGAUGAUCUGAACAGUUUUUCAUUGGUUCUUGAGAUUAUCUUUAAAAUCGGGCACAGUAAGCUCUGCUUUAUUAUGCUGCUGCUGCUACUGCCUGAUCAUCAAACCACACAACCUAACUAUCAAGGGAUAGAAGCAGUGCAUAAAGUGAAGUUUCCUUUGAGCUGGUAAGACAGUUUAACAUAUUUCUGUGCUAUGCGUCACAGUAAAUAAUGAUAGGAUAAAUCUACUGAGCUAAGAUAUUGAAAAAUAAUUUCUUUACCUAGAUGUGGAAUUCUAUAUUGUUUCUUGUGCUAGGAACCUAGAGCAAUAAAAUCACCAGAAGGGUCUUUGCGCUUUUGUCCUGCUAGUCUGCUGAGCACAAACCCACACUGUUACAUUCAUUCUGGUACAGAUUGCGCUAGAAGGAAGCACCAUCUUGAACAAAUGAUUUUCAUGUGCUCCUCUUUGACUGAGAGAGAUCAGUGUAAAUGAAUCUGACUGAAAUAGAUCCCAGUGUUUGGGACUGUGCAGACAAAAAUAUGCUUUUUUAACGCAUGUAAAUACAUGUAUGUACAUAUAUUUUAUGUGUGUGUGUCUGUAUGAAUAUCACUUUGUUGCUUUAGUCAUCCUUUGUAGCAGUUUUUUUUCAGCCUCUGGGAUCCCAAGUCUGUCAAAUGCAAAAGUACGUAGCAGUUCAUGAGCAUCAGAUUGUGGAAAAAUGGCUCCCCAAAGAUGAACGGAGAAAAAGACUGGUUACAUGGGCUUCUCUCUGAUAAUCUGUUCAGAUAAGGGAAUCUUGGUACUUUUUCCUUAUUCUCCAGCCGUUCACAUGCUGAUCAUGUGAGUCUACCAUGUGCACUUGACAUGCUUUGUCAGACGUGCUUAGGGGCCUAGGUAUUCCAGAGGUAGAUAGUCUUUUAUUAAUUGUUCUUAAAGAACCUACAAAAUAUUUUCUUGUAGGCAAGGAUGGCUGAAGGAGUGUCCUUGACAAACAAUCACACUUAGUGCACAAUGGAUCACUCUGGAGUAUGUGCACUUGGGGCUAACCUUAACAGACAGAGGGAUGUGCAUGUUGGUACAGACACACUAUUGUCCCAUCAUGUUGGACUUCACAGGUGUGAGUCAGUGUCCUGCCUUUCUUUAGAGCCUGUUGGUGCUGCCUCUGGGAGAGAUUUAAGCAAAGGAAGGAAUUAUGGCCAAGGGAGAGCAGGUCACUUAUGACUAAUUGUUAAGAUGUCGGGAAUGGGAACAGAGUGUCUGAGGGUCUGUGUCUGCUGUGCCUGCUCCCACUGUGCACCACUAAUUGCAUCUUGCUGUGAGAGGGAGAGCAAGCAGAGCACGUUUUGGAACAGCUCAGAGACACUGCCAAAUCAAAACCUGAAGCUUCUGACUUCCUCUGAGAAUUUUAGGUGGGCAUAGCAGACCUCACAAGCGAGCUGCAACAAGAAAAACUGCACUGAUGAAACAAUCUAUAUAAAAGCUGAUGGCAGAGGUGGGAUAGAACCUAGGAGUCCUGGCUGGCUGCUGUGGGCUGGCAUUUAGUAUCACUACAUGUAUCAAAGGGUACUCGGGCAUGUUGAAGAAUUUUCGCACACGUGAAAAUCCCUGCUCAUGCUCUAGUAUGACACUUCAGUUUCAUGUUUUAUCAGGCCUUUGUAAAGCUGAUCUUGUCUUACUUGUAGUCAUCCAAAUGUUGGAGAUGCAAAGGUCCUUUUUUGUGUCUGUCACUUUGAUCCCAUUAAAUUUCUCUGCAUAAUUCUUCUUUCUCUUCUUUGUCACAUCAAAUAUAAGCUUCUUGUCCCCACUUUCAAAGUCACUGACAGCCUCUCCUUGUCCUCUUGUCAUCUCUCACUUCCCUAUCAAGACGUCAACUCUUUCUAUGAAGCCAGCUUCCACCUCCCACUCACCAAAUCAGCUCCUCCUAACCUUCCUCCAUACUACUUACACACCGAAGGUGCUGCCUGCAAUUCUCUUGAGCUACCUUAAUCUCGCUCCAAGUCUCCACAAAGCUCUGCUUUGCUAAAACCCAGAUGAUAUCUAGGCUACCCACAUGCUGAGACUGUGCUGUCACCUUCUUGUAUUACUUCCCCUUUCAGGGGGAUAUAUAUAAAAUAAUUCAUUUUACCCUAGAAAUUCUUAAAAGCAAAGGUCGUCUGGGGUUAGCCAGAACUUUGAAUGACUGCUAUUGCUAUACCCAUUUGUAUUACCAGAAAUCUGCAAUCACCUGUCUUUCUGUUGAUCAGCAGUUGAGAGCAUUUAGAAAAUGUGUUGUAUAAAUUCUGGUUAAAAUGACUUGAAAUUACUCUUGGGAAAUGGAGGGAGCUGAUGGAACCACAGGAGGGGAGGGGAAAGGUGUGGCUGCAAGGCCCCAUUUCCUCGAGCAGAAGAGCUCUGCGCUGGAAAUGUACAGAGAGGAUGGAAACACCAUUGCAACCAGCUUGAGACAGCUUGGGAACCUGAGGUCACCGGUCAGCUUUCAGUGCUAAGCCAACGCCUGGACUGGCAGCAGCAUGCCUGGUAUAACUUUUCGGGGCUUUCGCUCCGACAUUUGGUCCCUUUCUUUCCUGUAGAGUGAAGGUGGCUCUUCUCACUUCCUCUGACACCUCCCACAUCUACAGUUUUCACAGGGCUUUUCUGCCUUCACCCACAACUCAGCACUGUUGCAGAAACUGGACAUUAGUACAAAAAAAAAAAAAAAAAAAAAAAGCAUCAAGCAGGCUGGCUAGGAAGUAGAUUUGUCUUCCAGUCCCCCAGCUGCUGUGAUAGUGCUGUUGCAGCUAGCACUGGAGUGCCAUCAGAGCUAAGAAUUGGGGGUUUUGGUUUUUUAGAUACCUUACCAAGAUUUAUGUACUACAUGUCUUGGAUCAUGUUUAGGCGAGAGGUUCCAGAAAUAAAGGUAGUUCCCCUUUGUACAGAUUCUGCACUUUGUUUCUGUCUAACUGCAUCUACCUUCAGUGUCCAACUACUGGAUUCUUUCUAUCUUUUUCUGGUAGAUUUAGAAAAGAAGAAGAAGAAGAAAAAAUAAAAUAUUUUUACCUGUAAUCUUCUUCCCAUGUAAGAUACAUCACAAGUGGUUUGAAAUUACUACUUAGCCUUUCCUUUGGUUAAUCAAAGAUAUUUAGUUGUCUUUAAUUGUUCAUUUCUGAGGAAACUUAUCCAGGAUUAAAUAAUUCUUAUAGCCCUUUUCAGAACCAUUUUCAUCUUUUCAGCAACUUUUUGUUUAAAGUGUGGAACGCAACAGAAGGAAUGAACUAAUAAUGGUGUUACAAAUGCUACAUGUAGCUGCAAUAACAUUUAUUUUAAUUGAUAUGUAUCCACAGUCCUGUGUUAGCUCCUUUAAUUGCAUUAAUGUACUGCAGAAUCUUGUUCAGCUGGUUAUGCGCUAUUUCCCCAAACCAUUUUCUGGUAAGCCUUUUGGAAUGUAGUGUUCUAUGAUCUACUUGUGACUAAUGUUCAAGGCUUCUAACACAAAGAUUUGCUUUUAAACAUGCUGCAUUUGUUUCCAGGUGAGCUGGAAAGCCAGGAAAUGUCUGACACGUUUAAAACAUUGCAGAACUGAACAAAGAACUUGGGGUGGGUGUGUUAUCAAACUAGUAGCAAUUACCUGGAAAUGUUGUAGCGUGGUUUAGUUAUCUUGACCUAUGUUUGUUUGUGUGACUGAACAAGUUUUUGUGGGCACAUGUAUCAUUCUACUUAAGGCAGCUCACUCUAUUUCAUAUUUAGUCAGCCUUACUGUAUCUGUCACAGGGAUCAUAUGCAACCCUGAUUAGAAUGAUAAGCAGAGGAGAGACUUCAUGCCUCCCAGCCUCUCUCAGCUAAAAUCAGCUAAUGGUGACACUUCCUCUUGACAACCCCUGCUCUGAAGGUCUGCAGCAAAACAGGAUAUUUACCAAAACCCAUAGAUGAAGAGGUGGUGAAGUGGAAGCCAGAAAGAUUCCUUUUCUCUUGAUCAGUUUCUGAAAUGCUGUAAUUAUUUUACUAUUUAAUUCAGAAAAGGGACACCACAAGCAGGCAUAAUUACAGGAAAGAGGUUGAUACGUGGAUGCUGCUGUCCACCUUUGUGAAAUCUGGGACUGGAAGAAUACUCUUGGUCAUGGAGUCCAGCUCCUGCUGCUGUAGCCACCAGAUUGCUUAAAUCCCUUCAGGAAGACAAUCCUAAUGAUUGAAAUACCACAACCCUUGCUAAGUGUAGGCUCUUUCUCACUUGCUCUUAUUCAAAACUGCUUCAGACCCUUUGUUGGGUAGAAACCACGACCUUAUUCUAUAGCCAGGCUGUACCCAUUCGGCCCUGUGCUAAUGCCAUACUUGUUGGGUUUUCUAUCCUGACGCUUCUCUCUCCCUUUUCCCCAGCUUCUGAAAGAGAGCUUGUAACAACCAAAAUUUGCCAGGGGUUUUUUCUUUUUGCAAUAACUAAGCCAAGCUCCUUCAAGACAGAACAUUUCUCACAGCUUCUCGUUACCCCAGCCCUAGAGCUCAGUUCAGUGUCCAUGCUGGGCAAGCAGCACAAACACUUUUGCUCCAAUAUUUUUUUAAUUUGCAAGUGACUGUUUUAGUCUGUACUUAUUAGCAGUCUCUGCCUACAAACUUAUUCCGUGUUUUCUGGGUUCCAGGCUGAGUCGUGGGCUCCUUAAAGCAGCACACUACCUGCGGAGGUGCUGGGCUUGUUUGCUGCAUUAAGAUACUGCCUGGGAUGGGAGGAGAUGUGUGGCAGCUGGGCCUCCAGCUGUGCGUUACUGCUGUGCUGCUCUUUGGUGGAGGAGGAGAGAGAGAGCUCCCUGGCAGCUUGAGCUGCCUGAAUAACUAUGUGACUACCGUGAGCUGCAUGUGGGCAACGUCGGAACCUGCGGGCAAUGGACCUUUCCACCUGCACUUCACCAACCUCUGGUCAAAGGGCCACAACGCCAGCUGCAAACUGACUGCCAGAGAGAACAUGCAGAAUCAGUACCACUGCACAAUCCAUUUAGCCAGCCAGAUCUUGGAAACAGAUGGUUAUAGAGUCUCCCUCCAAGGCAACUUCUUUGGACAUAAUCACACAUACAUUACCUUUCCAGAGUACAAUCCCCGCAAGCACAUAAAACUUGAUCCACCUUUGAACAUCCAGAGGAAUGUCACUGCCAGCAAGUGUCAGAUAUGGUGGAGUGUGCCGUGGUACCUCGUUGACAUUCUUCAAUAUGAGUUGCAGUAUAAGGAGUACAGCAUGUCCUGGGAGGUCGCAUUGAACAAGACACUACCCAGUUCACUGCCACAGAUAGAAAUUGAAGCCACAGAGCUUCGCAGUGGCAUUGUUUAUGUUGCACGAGUUCGCUGCAAAGUUUCUGAAAAUGAGGAUUCAUACCAUAGUCAGUGGAGCGAGUGGAGCCAGACAACAGAGUUUCAGAAACCAGGUGUACUAGAACUGUCUGAAAAGAAUGUAAAUACCAAAACUAUGCAGUUCUUGUUCAUUCCUCUGAGUUUUGGCACUGUACUCUAUUUAUUUUGGAACUGCAAGUUUUCUUCAAGGGCAAAAAGCCUGUCCUGCUUUAACAUUCCCACACCAGCUGCUUUCUUUCAGCCGCUCUAUAAUUUGCACAAUGGGAAUUUUAAGGACUGGGUUGGACCUAAUGAGGCUUGUAGCCAGCUUGGAAAAGAAGAGGCCAGCAACUCAAACAAAGUGACUGCAGAUGGAGUUUCUGAUCUCAACAUCCAAGAACAGAUUUCCCAGAUAUCCUUGAAACCUAUGGAAAGCACAAAUCUGGUUGCUGCAGAAGAAAACUCUGCAUUUGCUUCAGGUCCAAGCCAGCAGUAUGUCCCCAGCAGGUAUGUAAAAGCAGAAGAGAUAGAAAUGAGGCUAGGACUGUUGUUUGCACAAACCCAUGCUGAUGAUACAGUUGGCCCGAAAAUCUCUGAAAUAAUUAAAACCAACCUUGAGAACCCUAGCAUGGGAAGGAAUUACCCCUCUCACCCAGCGCAUGGCAAGGGUGACUUCCUUAUGCUUCAGGAGCCUUCGGAGAUAGCAAGUGUGUCCUUCAGCAGCAGUGACUAUUGUACCUUGUGCGACGAUGAUACCACAGGAGGUCUGAUUCCUGCUGAACUACUGAAGCUCUCCAAUGGCAAUAAUCUUGUCAAACAUCAGAACGAUCAGAGUAACCUUCCCUGAGGAAUACUGCCUACAAAGAUCCUUCUGCUGUCCUCUCACCUCCCAACACUGUCUUCGCAAGUGGCUUAAAUGGUAACUGUGCAGACAAUUACACACAUAUAUGAUUUUUAGGUAAAUCCUCAAUUUCUGUACUUCAAAAGAAGGUUGUGAUCAACUCCUCUAGCUUGCAAGUACUACCCCUAUAAGCAUGGCAAGGCCCAACUCCAGCAACAUCUGCAGCCUCAGGAGACACGUGACCAUUCCCUUCCCUAAAUCAACUUCCUGGCAGCAGCAGAAACCCAGCAACCCCCUAGCUGCAGCAGCAGACCUGCUGUUUUUCUUCAGGAAGCGCUACUGGAAUUGUCUGCCUCUCAGAAGCCACAAUGUUUGCAAUGUACUGAGCAACAGUUUAAACGCCAUCUUUAUUUUAAAAUUUGGUGGCUUGCUACAACAGGGUUACAGCAUUAGUGGAUAAAGGAAGAGCAACUGAUGUCAUCUGCCUGGACUUGUGCAAAAUAUUUGACACCAUCUCGCACAACAUUCUUGUCUCUAAAUUGGAAAGACAUGGAUUUGACAGAUGGACCGCUCAGUGGACAAGGGGACUGGCUGGCUGGUCAAACUCAAAGGGCUGUGGUCAAUGGCUCAAUGUCUAAGUGGAGAUCAGUGACAAGUGGCAUCACCCAGGGGUUGGUCUCAGGACUGGUGCUGUUUGAUAUCUUGGUUGACAACACAGGCAGUGGGACUGAGCAGGUUUGCUGACAGCACUGAGCUGUGUGGUGCAGUCAACAUGCUGGAGGGAAGGGAUGCUGUCCAGAGGGACCUUGACAGGCUUGAGAGGUGGGCCUGUGCAAACCUCAUGAAGAUCAACAAGGCCAAGUGCAAGGUCCUGCAUGUGAGUCAGGGCAAUCUCAAGCACACAUACAGGCUGGGCUGAGAAUGGAUUGAGAGCAGCCCUGAGGAGAAGGACUUGGGGGUGUUGGUGGAUGAGAAGCUCAACGUGACCCAGCAGUAUGUACUUGCAGCCCAGAAAGCCAGCCGUAUCCAGGACUGCAUCAAAAGCAGUGUGACCAGCAGGUCGAGAGAGGUGAUCCUCCCCUUCUACUCUGCUCUGGUGAAACCCUACCUGCAGCUCUGGGCCCCCAGCAUAAGAAUAACACGGACCUGUUGGAGCAAGUCAAGAGGAGACCAUGAAGAUGAUCAGAGGGCUGGAGCACCUCUCCUAUGAAGACAGGCUGAGAGAGUUGCAGUUGUUCAGCCUGGAGAGGAGAAGGCUCUGCGGAGACCUUAUAGCAGCCUUCCACUACCUAAAGGGGUCUUAGAAGAAAGCUGGAGAGGGACUUUUUACAAGGACAUGUAGGGACAGGACAAGGGGGAAUGGCUUUAAACUGGAAGAGGGUAAAUUUAGAUUAGAUGGAAGAAACUCUUCACUGUGAGGGUGGCGAGGCACUGGCACAGUUGCCCAUCCACAGGAUGCCCCAUCCCUGGCAGUGUUCAAGGCCAGGCUGGAUGGGGCUUGGAGCAACCUGGUCUGGUGGAAGGUGUCCCUGCCCGUGGCAGGGGCUUGGAACGAGAUGGUCUUUAAGGUCCCUUCCAACUCAAACCAUUCUAGGAUGGAUCCUUCCAGUGGAAGACAGAGAACUACUAUCUAGGAAGGAGGCAUAACGUGGGCUCUGGUCAAGCAUUUGAAGCCUUUCGUUUCCUGGGACUACUAAGUUCAUGCUCUGUGUACCAUCUGCAACCAGAACAAAGUAGUCAGUAUUUUCCCCUUUCUUUUAUUUCUGUUCAGUUUUGCCAGAGGAAACAAUUUCAAAAGAUAUUUAAGUAAUACUUGUAAGCCACUAAGGAGUUGAAAAUGUUCUGUGACAAAGAUUUUGGUUUAGUUUUGGUCUUGGAUUUUGGUGGUGUAUUUUUGUUUUUUUUUUUCCUUGAAGUGACUAAAGUAAAAGAACUAACACACUAUGAUUAUUCAGAAAUAAAUAAAACAGAGGAAUAAUGUAAACUUCCAUUUUUCAGAAGUUAGUGUCUGAGAGGUUUGGAAAGAACUUUAGAAAACAUUAACUAUAUUAAUCAUUAGUAAAAGUUGGUUUGAAAACAUCACAGAAGUAAGAGACGGAAGAACUAAAUGCUCUCCCUAGUUUGCAGACUAAAGCACUAAGCCAGUACUGCUGCUACUACCAUCAACAGAAAAAGGGAUAAGAAGGCUCCUGAGUGAAGACAUAUUUUACAGCUCAUAAAGCCAAGGGGGAUCAGCGUGGUGAGCUUAUCCCAUGGUGUCUAGCAUGUGAGCACCAGUAUAGUUCUGUUAGUGCCCACCCAAUAGCUAUAUCUCUGGUGAAAUAUUUGUGUUACCAGUAAUGAGUGAUAGAAGCUGUAUCUCUGUUCCAUCUUCUGCUGUUUAGUCAUCUGCAUGCUCAUUUCAAGAGGGGCAAGAAGAUCAGACUGCAUGUUUCUUAACAGUAUAAGUACUGCAGCACUGAUGCAAACUCAUUUUGAAAGAGCAGCAAACAAGUCACAUUAAGACACAGCACUCAGCCUGUUGUGCCCUCUCAGUUAGGGUGACUUGUCUUCACAGUAUGGCUUCUAAUGCCUCACAGUGAAACGCAGGUGUCAAAUAGUGGUGCUUGGCAUGCUGAACCACUCCCUGCAGCCCUGAGCUUCAGGGCCUUAAGAUCAUUGAUCUGCAAACUCCCGCUCAAAGGUGCAGGAGCCUAGCCUGUGAAAGCAAUCUUUUUUCCUGAGACUGCCAUUAGUCAAUGGCCAAAUAAAGCCGUAAAUCUUUUCCUGGUUAAGUAUGCAGAUAGGAGGAGAGUCAUUCCACAGACAAGAGAAACAAGCUUGCUCUUUUUAGUUUACUUUUUGUUAAAUUUGAUCAUUGUGUAAACAAAGGACAGAGAAUGUUGGUUAGACUCAGAGCAGCACCAUCUUAUGAAGUACCCAAUGUGAGCUGUUGUUGAUAGCUCCACAGCCCUAUCACUCCAUCUUUCCUGUAUCGAUGUGCUCCUGUGAGUCAUGAAAUCCUGUGCUGCAGAAGUCUAUCACCACAGGCCUUUCCAGACAUACAUAGUCCCUUGAGUCUCCCAGCACCCCUCAGCAGAGCAUAUGCUCUUUCACAGACCUAUCCACAUGUUCGCUCAUCUAACCAGUAAAGACACCAAAAAUGAUAAAUAAUCUGUUUAAUGUUCGCUAAUUUAAUCUAAUCUGCAGAUCUGCUCCUGUUAGAGGCACAGCGAUUCUGUAGACAGAGGUGCUUAUCAAUUGCAGAGAUUUAAACUGUCAGUUCUAGAGCAAGAACUAUAAUAUUUGACAACAUAGAUAUUUAUGUACUGGUGAUCAUAAUUGGAAAAGAGGAGGGGAUGUUCUUUUUAUGGUAGGAAAGGAAAUGAAUGCACAGGGGAUUUUGUUUCUUUGCUUUUAAUAACAUGUAAACCAAGGAUUAAAUUGCAACACGGGACUACA